AACGCAGAGUUCAUCACAGAAGAAAAAAAAAAUAGAAAAGAAAAAGUUGUGCAACGUGAGAAAAGUGAACAGUUAAAAAACAUAACAAUUCGAUUGCAUUUAGCUGAAAAUAUGACGGUAAAUAAACGGGACGCGGCGAGCACAACGCGACCGCGUUGUUUUUUCGAUGUAACGCUCGGUGGCCUGAGCAUCGGUCGCAUCGUUUUCGAGUUGUUUAGCGAUGUAGCGCCCAAAACGGUUGAGAAUUUUCGUGCACUGUGUACGGGUGAAAAGGGCACCGGACUUGUCACCGGCAAGCGGCUGCACUACAAAGGUGUCAUAUUCCACCGUGUGGUCAAGGACUUUAUGGUGCAGGCGGGCGAUUUUAGUGCAGGCAACGGUACCGGCGGCGAAUCAAUUUAUGGCGGCACUUUCGAGGACGAAAGCUUUGAUAAGAAGCACGAUCGUCCCUUUCUGCUGUCGAUGGCCAAUCGUGGCAAGAAUACGAAUGGCUCGCAGUUCUUUAUUACAACACAGCCUGCACCACACUUGGACAAUAUCCAUGUUGUAUUCGGUCAUGUUAUAUCCGGUCAGGAUUUGGUGCGUCAAUUAGAGGAUCUGCCCGUCGAUCGCAACUCGCGCCCCUUGCAGGAUGCAGCCAUAGCCAACUGUGGGGAGUUAGUCAAGCAAACAAAGCCAGCCAAAAAGGAGAAGAAACGCCGAAAGCGUUCCACGGCCACGGAGGAAUCGGAAAGCGAAACGGAUGAGCAGGCAGCAAAGCAGCGCAAGGAUAAGCUAAAAAAGAAACGCUCACGCAAGGAGUCCAAAUCCAGCGACAGUGAAAACAGCGACUCGGGACGUGCUGCGCGUGGAAAUGGACGCCAGGAGCACUCUGAAGAGGAGGGCGAGAUACAUCCGUUGGUCACAUUGACGAAAAUUGAUCCCAGCGAGAUACCAGAGGUUUCCAACAAAUUCCUAAUGCGCGCUGAGAGAUCACGUUCUCGUGAGGAGCGCGGCGGUCGUGAUGUGCGUCAGCGUGAACGUGAUCGUGAUCGGGAGCGUGAUCGUGACCGUGAUCGCGAGCGUGAUCGUGAGCGUGAUCGUGAUCGUGAGGAUCGGGACAGAGGCAGAGAGCGCAAUCGCAACGCCUUCGGUUGGUCAAAAAAACAGGUGCCGACCUCGCGCAGCGGUCGCAUUGUCAAAGGACGCGGCGUCUUUCGCUUUCGCACGCCCUCACGCAGUCGAUCGAAGAGUAUCACGCCGCCGCAUUGGAAGCAUGCCCAGAAGCGCACCAUCAAGCUGUCGGAUCUGGAGCGCAUCGAGGAGGAGAACAAAAUGCGCGAGGAGGAGCUCAGGCGACGCGAGCAGGAGCGCAAGAAGCGCCACGAGGAGGCCUCCAAGGAUCCCAAAAAGUCAUUCUUUGAGCUGUCGCACGCCAGCACCUACGGCGGCAAGGUGACGCCCGAAAAGUCGCCCUCGAAACAGAAACAAACGAGCAGCAGCAGCAGCAGUGGCCAUGCCAAUGCCAAGCACAGCGGCGACUUUCAUGCACAGAAGGAUGAGGAGCGCAGCAAGCCGAGGGACACCCACGAGAAGGAGCGCGAGAAAGAGAAACCCAAAGAGGAAGCUCCGCCAAAGCGUCGCAAAUCGGUGGACAUGAACGCCUUGGACUACGAACAGCAGACAGACAGUGAGCCGGAGCCGGAGACCAGCAAGCCCCUCCAGAAGCACAGCGACUCCAAGGCGGCGCCAGCAAAGGUCAGCGAAUCGCCAGCAGAGAAUCGAAGCAAGCGCGACGAACGCAAACCCGAGGACAAGCCUCGAGAGCGCGAAAGAGCCAAGCGCAGUCGAGAACGCUCCAGUUCUCGCAAUCGCCAUAGGAGUCGGUCCCGUUCCGCUCAACGCAGACGAUCGCCGGCGCGACGCCAGCAGCGCUCACCUCCUAGACGCCAAGGCAACAAUAACAAUAACAACAAUAACAAUAACAAUAUGGGACAGCAUCAGGCCAACCGCAACCGCCGCAAUCCCUUUGCCGAUCGAGAGCGCCGCCAACGGUCGCCAGACAAUGAGUACCGCAACCGUUUCCCCCUCUCACCCAUACGCACGCGCAGCUCGCCUGGGGAACGGCGCCGUUCGAGGGAGCGUCAGCGUCGUUCACGCAGUCGAGGACGCAGACAGGAAUCGGACGAGCGCAGGCGUCAGGAGUCGCCCUCUCGAAAGCGGCAAGAGUCGCCCGAAAGGAAGCGCCAAGAGUCGCCAGUGAGGAAGCGAGAGUCGCAGGAACGCAAGCGGCGAGACUCGCCCCCGGAGCGUAAGCGUCGAGAGUCGCCGGGUCGUAGGCGCCAUGGAUCACCGGAGCGUAGGCGUAGCGGCAGCAGGGGACGGCGGGGACAUAGCCGGUCGCGGAGUAACAGUCGGCCACGGCGAAGCCAACGUACGCCUGAGCGUCGCUCGCCGGACAAGAGUCCGGCCAAGGGAUCCUCAGCCAUGUCUGCUGCAGAGCCCGAGGAUAAGGAUAAAGCCGCUCGCGAGAAAAUGCAAAAGCGCGUCGAGGCAGCGCUGCUGCUUAAGGAGCACAUGCGCAAGGAGAUCGCCAAGGAAGAGGAGCGACGAGCCGAGAAGCAGCGACAAGACGAGCUCGAAAAGGAGCGCACCACACGGGAGCUGAACGAGCUGGAGCGCCUGAAGGCAGAGACACUGAAGAAGCUGCAGGAGGAGGAGCGCGACCAGGACGAAUCGUCGGCCAGUCGAGCCAGACGCGAAAGUAGCGACAGCAGCGACACCACCAAGAAGCGCAAGCAUAAAAAGUCCAAGAAGCAGUCCACUCGCCCGCGACGAUACGAAUCGGACUAAAUGGGUGAAACGAAGGUCUUAUCAUGGACAAAUCUGAUACCAUAUUCAAAUCCAUCGUUUAGUUCAAAUAGUCAACCAAUUAAAUUAAUACACAUGAUUGCAAUUGUAAAAACUGUUCGUGAGUUCUAUGUAGUGUGACCGCCUAAUAAAAUCAAAUAAAUAUUGGCAAUUUCAGUAAAAU